CCUCCCCUGUCGUGGACACAUACCCCACCAUUAAUUGUACUCGAGUACCUGUUUCUCCCUCUCCCCCUCUCCCCCCUCUGCUCCUCAACCUACCCCUCAUUAUUUUUUGCCCCCCCUCUCAUCUCCUUCAAGAGAAAAGAAACAACCUGCGGAGGAAAAAAAACCUUCUGAAAAAAAAUGAAGUACGCGCCUUUCUCCUCGUUGAUAGACCUUCAGUUUUACUAUUCUCUUGCGAGCCAUAAAAUCGAUUACGAUAAGCUUGAUGAGUCGCCCCGGAAGGUCCUUGGCCAAUAUCUUCCUCACGAUGGCGGGAGAAUGCAGGUCCAUGGAAAUGCCCUCACGUCUGACGAGGUUCCGAUAACUGCUUGUCGGGCUGAGGGGAUGAUCAAGAACUAUAAUACUAUCGAGGACUUUAGGAAAGUUGAAAAGAUUGUUAUGAUUAAGCGGUCCGCGCAGACAAUCUGGGGUGCGAUACUUGACGGUUCAAUAUACUCUUGCCCAUCGCUCCUCUCAUCCUUCCUUAUACUAUCGUACGCGGAUCUCAAAAGGUACAAGUUCCACCACCUCUUUGCUUUCCCCGCUUUCGCCGCUACUCCACAGUGGACAUGCAAUACCCCAAUCGAGCGAUUGGACCCCCACCAAACCUCCUCUCUCGUCGAAGCGAUAAAUACCUGGCGGUACAGCACUGACUCACGACAACACGGGUUCUUCCUGGUUAAGAGGGAUGCGGGGACUUGGAAGAUUGGGAGCUUGGGCGACUUUGAGCACUCCUUUUUCGAUAAAGAUGUGGAUGAGGAGGACCGGUUUGUUGGGUUUGUGGACCCAAGCGACUAUCCGGAUAAUCCUGGCUGGCCUUUGAGGAACCUGUUGAUGCUUGUGAGGAAAAGGUGGGGGUGGAGGAAGGUUCGGGUGCUUUGCCUGGAAGAGCUUAAUCUUGGUGAUGAGAUGCCCAAGGUUGUCGGAUGGGAGAAGAAUGACGAUAACAAGAUUGUUCCCAAGAUCGCAAAUCUAUCUGCUCAGAUGGAUCCGAAAAAGCAAGCGGAUAUCAACGUCGACUUGAACCUCAAGCUCAUGAAAUGGCGAGUCGCGCCGGAGCUAGACCUCGAUGUUAUCAGGAAUACGAGGUGUCUUUUGCUCGGUGCUGGUACGCUCGGUGCAUAUGUAGCGCGCAACUUGCUUAGCUGGGGGGUGCAUAAGAUCACGUUUAUCGAUUCUGGAACGGUUUCCUUUUCAAACCCUGUUCGACAGCCAUUGUAUACAUUCCAGGACUGCAUUGGCGGGGAGACUAUGAAAGCAAUUAGAGCUGCGGAGGCUUUGAAGGAGAUUUAUCCUGGUGUUGAUGCUCAAGGAUUUGACAUGACGGUGCCAAUGGCUGCGCACCCGUUCUCGGAUACUCAGGAAGCCGGUGUCAAGCAAGACUAUUUGAAGCUCAGGAGGCUGUUCGACGAGCACGAUGCUAUAUUCUUGCUCAUGGACACGAGGGAGAGUAGAUGGCUGCCAACGGUUAUGGGAAAGAGCAUGAAGAAACUUGUCAUGAAUGCUGCCUUGGGAUUCGACAGUUAUGUCGUUAUGAGACAUGGGGUGAAACCCUCCGAUGAUCAAAAGGGAGGAGAAGAGCUCGGAUGCUAUUACUGCAGCGAUGUAGUUGCUCCCGGAGAUAGCUUGGUUGAUAGAACACUCGACCAACAGUGCACUGUCACUCGACCGGGUGUAGCACCCAUUGCAAGUGCACUGCUGGUGGAAACGCUAGUAUCAGUCCUCCAACACCCUCUCGGUGCUGCUGCCCCAGCGCCGAAUAACGACAAGGCGGAUCGAAAUCCACCAAAUCACCCAUUAGGUCUGAUAGCCCACCAAAUGAGAGGCUUCCUCUCUUCGUUCCAGAACAUAAUGCUCAAGGGUCCUGCAUAUAACUGCUGUUCCGCAUGUUCUCCCGCUAUCAUUAAGGAGUAUAGGGAUGAGGGGUGGGAUUUCGUCAAGAAGGCACUCAAUCAGAGAGGGUAUGUAGAGGAAAUAAGUGGGCUACUGGAGGUGCAGAGACGAGCGGACGAGGCGGACAUGACCGAUUGGGGUGACAGCGGUGACGGCGAUGAAGAUGGUGAUGGGAUGUAG